CUGGGAGUGAGCUGAAGGCUAGGAGCAGCACCAGCCACCGGGCCAGCCAGCCAGCCAGCCAGCCAGCCAACGCACCAGGGGAAGAUUAUACUUGCAGUAGAGAUAAGAGCGAGUGACGAGUGAGAGAGGAGUUGAAGAUGUCGUACGGGUCGAUUGAUGGGGGAGCGUUCAUGAGCCGGACCCCCUUUGGAGGCCCUCAGAGACAAGGAUACCAGCCUGUAGCCACACAGGUGAGCGCUUCAGAGCUGCAGGAUGUCUUUCAGGAAACCUCCUCCAACAUCUUCCAGAUCAAUGCUAAUGUGGUCUCUCUGGAGAAGAGCCUGCAGUCGUUGGGCACAUCCAGGGACACUGUUGAACUGCGACAGAGCCUGCAUUCCAUGCAGCAGCAGACCAACAAAGUCAUCACGACCACAAGUCAACUCAUCAAACAGCUGUCUGAUAUCAUCAGCACUUCCUCACGGCAGGACCGCUUGCGGCUGACCAGGCUGAAGACGGAGCUGUCCGAGUCUGUGCAGCGAUAUGGUGACCUACAGAAGAAAAUCGCAGAGCGCUCAAGGGCCCUCCUUCCUCCGGCACAAAGAGACAAGAAGUCGAGCCCACAGACCCCAUUUGCGGAGCUGUGUCAGGAGGGGGCCUUGUUCGGCUCGUCUGGCGGCGUGGAGGCGGGGCUGGACGGAGGCCCAGGAGGGUCACUACAGGAGGAGGCGCAGGGGGGGCAGGAGGCGAUCCUGGCCGAGAUCAGCGAGGAGGAUGUGGAGGCCCUGAGGCAGAGAGAGGAGGCCCUGCUCCAGAUUGAGAGAGACAUGCUGGAUGUGAACACCAUCAUGAAGGAACUGGCGAGCAUGGUUCACGAGCAGGGAGAUACCAUUGACAGUAUUGAAGACUACAUCCAGACGACAUCAUCACAUGUGGACUUGGCCAAUCAAGAGCUAGCGAAAGCCAGCCAUCAUCAGAGACAGAUAAGGAAGAGGAAAUGCUACAUGCUGGUUGCAGGAGCGCUGCUGUUGGCCCUCCUCAUAAUCAUCAUCGCCGUCUCAGCAAGGAAAUGAUAGACAGACUUUUAUUCCAACGUGCCGAGGAGACAAGAUGGCUACCUGAUCUUCUGCUACACUGAUGACCGGCAGCUUCAACAAGGACAGAUGGGCGACUCAUGAUCUCUCCAUCUCUCUGAGUGCAUGUUUGUGUGAGAGUGUGUGUGUGUGUGUGUGUGUGUUUGCGUGUCUGUGUG